AGUGAUUAAGGGAGUAUAGACAUGAUCGGUUGGUUUAGGACUCGAACCUAAAUGGACGUGUAAUAUGUAAUGAUGACUAAUGUGGGGGAAGGAAUGGAAAGGCAUUGUAAUCUUAAAACCAUAUGAUCCAAACUCAGGACAUCAAAUCUUGGCUCAGACGUAGCUGUUGAGCUUGAAAGCAAAUGGAAGAAGGGCAAGUAAGAGAGGGAUUUUUGUGAGUGAUAGGAACUUUCUACUUUCAGUUCCUUUCGUGGUUCGAUUUGUUCAUCAAUGAACUAUGAGGUUAGGAUUUCUCAAGUUUCUUUGAGGAAUUUCAUCAAACAGGUUCAAGAUCUGAAGUAAAUUACCUUUGGUGGAAUCAUUUCCUGGUGUUGUUUUGAGGUAGUGAGCAGCUCCUAUAGUCAUGGCGUCCGAUCACCACCCUCACUGUCUCCACCGUCUCCACCGUCUCCACCGCCUCCUCCUUGGCGUCGAUGCGACGGCGCCGCCGUCCAAUGGAACCAGAACCAAAAAUUCGUACAGCAACGAAGCGAAUUUCGACACGAACAUGGUGAUAAUCCUCGCCGCGUUACUCUGCGCCUUGAUUUGCGCUCUCGGACUGAACUCAAUCGUUCGGUGUGCCCUCCGCUGUACUCGGCGGUUCACCUUCGAGAACGGUGGCGGCUCCACCACGCGCCUCACUGCCAGAGGGCUGAAGAAAAGCGCAUUACGCCAAAUUCCUGUCGCUGUUUACGGGUCGGAGUCGGGUAAAGGGAUCCGAGAAACGGAUUGCCCUAUCUGCCUUGGGGAUUUCAUCGUCGGUGAGAAAAUCAAAGUUCUCCCAAAAUGUAACCACGAAUUUCACGUUCGAUGUAUCGACACCUGGUUGGCUUCCCACACGUCGUGUCCGACAUGUCGUCAAUCGCUUCUCGAACAACAGUCAAAUCCCCAACCUGCGGAACCUGAAGUCGGAAACCAACCCGCCGGCAAUUCAUCGGCCGGCGACCAAGAUUUACCUCGAUCUACUUUCCAUCAAAUUAAUCUCAGUUUCCAUACAAGCUCCAUCUCUCUGAUGAGUCAGCAUUGUUAUGCUGACGUGGUUACGAAACUGAUUUGAUUGGACGCGAUUCACCGAAGGCU